CGAAGGUUGAUUGAAAUUGUCACCAUUCAAAACCUACUUCAUUAACCCACCACACUUCUAAAGACUCCAUCAUCAAUCUUCUGUAACAUGACUAAGGAGAAAGGUUUGGAUGAAGAAAUAAUAGCAGAGCAGGCCUCAGCUUCAGCAUCGACAAGCCACUCUCCAGUGGAAGAGUCUCAGGAACCUCCAAAAGAGGCUGACACCCAACAAAGAAAGAAGAAAGAAGAAAACACUCAUGUACUCCCAUAUUACAAGCUUUAUUCGUUUGCCGACUUCACAGAUUUUCUGUUAAUUGGUGUUGGCACAGUUGCUGCCAUUGGAAAUGGAAUCUGUAUGCCCCUCAUGACAGUACUCCUUGGAAAUUUGGUAAAUGCAUUCGGACAAAAUGCUAACAUCAAACAGGUGGUUGAUGAAGUUUCAAAGGCGUCUCUGAAUUUUGUAUUCUUGGCGAUGGGGGCUGGUGCUGUAGGAUUUCUUCAGAUGACUUGCUGGAUUGUCACUGGGGAAAGACUAGCAGCACGUAUAAGAAGUUUGUACUUAAAAACAAUGUUAAGACAAGAUGUUGGCUUCUUUGAUACGGAAACUCAUACUGGAGAAAUUAUUGAAAGGAUGUCAGGUGACAUUGUGCUUAUUCAAGAUGCCAUGGGCGAGAAGGUUGGGAAGCUCUUACAGCAAGUAGCAACAUUCAUUGCAGGAUUUGUUGUUGCAUUUGUCAAGGGAUGGCUUCUCACCCUUGUCCUGUUAUCUUGUAUUCCACCGCUUUUCAUCUCUGGAGCUGUCAUGACCAUUGUAAUGGGAAAGCUUACAGCCCGAGGACAAGCUGCUUAUUCACUUGCUGCUACUGUAUCUCAGCAGACCAUUGGUGCAAUUAGAACUGUUGCAUCAUUUACUGGGGAGAAGCAAGCUGUUGCCAAAUACAACGACUCCUUAAGCAAAGCUUACAAAUCUGGCGUGCAAGAAGGCUUGGCUUCAGGGAUUGGUUUUGGUUCAGUUAACUUUGUUUUAUAUAGCAGUUAUGCCUUGGCUGUAUGGUUUGGUGGCAAAAUGAUACUUGAAAGAGGAUAUUCUGGAGGGGAUGUCAUUAGUGUUAUCUUUGCUGUAAUGACUGGAUCCUUUUCUCUAGGACAGACAUCUCAAUCCAUUAGUGCAUUUGGUCCUGGACAAGCUGCAGCUUAUAAAUUGUUUGAGGCAAUCCAAAGGAAGCCGCAGAUAGAUGCUUAUGAUACCAAUGGACUGAAAUUAGAUGAUAUUCGAGGAGAUAUAGAAUUAAAAGAUGUUUGUUUUAGUUAUCCUGCAAGACUGGAUGAACAAAUAUUCAAUGGAUUCUCCCUCUCAAUUCCUAGUGGAAUAACUGCAGCUUUAGUUGGACAGAGUGGAAGUGGCAAAUCAACUGUCAUCAGUUUGAUUGAGAGAUUUUAUGAUCCUCAGGCUGGUGAAAUUCUUAUUGAUGGUAUUAAUCUCAAAGAGUUCCAGCUUAAAUGGAUUCGGGAGAAAAUAGGCCUUGUCAGUCAGGAACCUGUGCUGUUUACUUCCAGCAUCAAAGACAAUAUAGCCUAUGGGAAAGACUGUGCUACUAUUCAGGAAAUCAGGGCUGCUGCCGAACUUGCCAAUGCUGCUAAGUUCAUAGAUAAAUUGCCUAAGGGACUGGACACAAUGGUCGGGGAGCAUGGAACUCAACUAUCUGGUGGACAAAAGCAGAGAGUAGCUAUAGCUAGAGCAAUUCUUAAGGACCCUAGAAUUCUACUUCUGGACGAAGCCACAAGCGCUCUUGAUGCAGAAUCUGAGAGAACAGUGCAAGAGGCACUAGACAGAAUUAUGAUCAACCGAACUACAAUUGUUGUAGCCCAUCGCUUGAGUACAGUGAGAAAUGCUGAUAUGAUUGCUGUUAUUCAUCAAGGAAAAAUUGUUGAGAAGGGUACACACUCUGACCUAGCCAAGGAUCCUGAUGGAGCAUAUAGCCAGCUUAUACGGUUGCAAGGAACAAACAUGGUAUCAAAACAAAAUGUUGCAAAUGAUCAAGAAAGGCCAGAAAUAUCUGUGGAUUCAGAAAGACAUUCAAGUCAACGGAUGUCUUUACUGCGAUCCAUAAGCGGGGGGUCAUCUGGAAAUGGAAAUAGCAGUCGUCACUCAAUCUCAGUUUCAUUUGGUGUACCCACUGGAAUUGAUGUCCUAGAAACAGCUCCUGCAGAAGCAGAACCACUUACUUCUUCUUCAGAGCUAUCAAAAAAUUCAAAACCACCUCCAGAAGUCCCACUUUCACGCCUGGCAUAUCUCAACAAGCCAGAGAUCCCAGUGUUACUGCUAGGCACAAUUGCUGCAGGUAUCAUUGGUCUAGUAUUACCUAUUUUUGGGAUCCUGCUUUCCAGUGUAAUAAAAUCUUUCUUUGAGCCAGCGGACAAACUUCGCAAAGAUACACACUUUUGGGCAUUCAUGUACUUCUUGUUAGCUGUGACAUGUUUAUUGGCUCAACCAUUGAAAUCAUAUUUUUUUUCCGUUGCUGGAUGUAAGUUGAUCAGACGGAUCAGAUCAAUGUGUUUUGAGAAAGUGGUUUACAUGGAGAUAAGUUGGUUUGAUGAACCUGACCACUCAAGUGGUGCAAUUGGUGCAAGGCUUUCUGCAGAUUCUGCUUCUUUUCGAAGGGUGGUUGGAGAUGCACUAAGUUUGCUUGUUCAGAAUAUUGCAACUCUAAUUGCUGGUUUGAUUAUCGCCUUUGAAGCAAACUGGCAAAUGGCUCUCACAGUCUCUAUGUUGCUGCCCCUGAUAGGAGCUAACGGAUACAUUCAUAUGAAAUUCCUGAAAGGUUCCACUGCUGAUGCUAAGAAAAUGUAUGAGGAAGCAAGUCAAGUUGCGAAUGAUGCAGUAGGAAGUAUUAGAACUGUUGCUUCUUUCUGUGCAGAAGAAAAGGUGAUGGAAUUGUAUCAGAAGAAAUGUGAUGGCCCUAUCAAAGCAGGAAUGAAGCAGGGUGUAAUUGGUGGGGUUGGUUUUGGACUAACAUUCUUCCUGCUGUUUUUGUUCUAUGCUGGCACUUUUUAUGCUGGAGGCCGACUUGUUGAGGCUGGUAGGGCAACAUUUCCUGAGGUUUUUCGUGUUUUCUAUGCACUCUUUCUGGCAGCCACUGGGAUUUCACAAUCAGGCUUCCUUGCGCCUGAUGCCAGUAAGGCAAAGAGUGCUGUGGCUUCUGUAUUUGCAAUUCUUGAUCGGAGAUCAAAAAUAGACCCAAGUGAUGAGUCGGGGACAAUAAUAGAAAGUGUUAAAGGAGACAUUGAGUUUCAGCAUGUCAGUUUUGGUUAUCCUACAAGACCUUAUAUACUAAUAUUCACAGAUCUCUGCUUGGCUAUUCGUUCUGGCAAGACUGUUGCUCUAGUUGGAGAAAGUGGGAGUGGGAAAUCAACAGUAAUCUCCUUGUUGCAAAGAUUCUAUGACCCAGAUUCAGGUCGCAUUACAUUGGAUGGAAUUGAAAUCCAAAAGCUACAAUUGAAGUGGUUAAGACAGCAGAUGGGCCUGGUGAGCCAAGAGCCUGUGUUAUUUAAUGACACUAUCCGAGCAAAUAUUGCAUAUGGCAAGGAAGGAAAUGCAACAGAAGCAGAAAUUUUAGCCGCAGCAGAAUUGGCAAAUGCCCACAAGUUCAUUAGCAGCUUAAAACAGGGGUAUGAUACAGUGGUAGGUGAGCGAGGAAUCCAAUUGUCGGGUGGACAGAAGCAAAGGGUGGCAAUUGCAAGAGCAAUAGUGAAGGAUCCAAAAAUAUUACUUCUGGAUGAAGCAACAAGUGCUCUUGAUGCAGAAUCUGAAAGAGUGGUGCAAGAUGCAUUGGAUCGAGUCAUGGUAGGCAGAACCACAAUAGUGAUAGCUCAUAGGCUGUCAACAAUCAAGGGUGCUGAUUUAAUUGCUGUGGUUAAGAAUGGUAUCAUAGUUGAAAAAGGAAGACAUGAGACUCUGGUGAAGAUAAAAGAUGGUGUUUAUGCUUCAUUGGUAGCACUACAAACAAGUGCUUCAUCCUAAUCAGCUUCACUCUACUCUUGGUUUGUGUAAUACUGAUGAGUUUUGGUUCAUAAAUUUUGCUGGAAAUGUGUUCACAUGUGAGACACAUCAUAUCUAAAUUUG